UCUACGUUUAAGAUGGCGUCAAUAUAGGAAGUGAGCUUCGACUGAAUCAUAUUUUGCUUCGUACUAAGUUACUAACUAGAUCUAGAUCUAGAUUCUAGAUCUGCUUCAUACCUGAUUGCAUAGUCGUGCAUUUAGAGUGUUACUCCAGUCAAUGAACUAAGAUUAAUGAUUACAUAAUUUUUAUUCAUAAAUCUAUCUUAAGAAUGAUACAUUAAAAAGUAUUUGAGACCCAUCCAGUUCAGUGAUGCAUUAAGUGAGUGUUUCAUGAACCAUUGCUACAUAUGCAUAGGACUACCAUUCUACAUGGACUUAACACACUAAGAGGAACAUAGGGUUAGGAUUGGUUUCAGUUUUAUUCUUAGUGAAAGAUAAAGUGCUCAAAAUGUCAAGCGAAGUACCUAUCAUUUCAGCGCGGGCGUCUGUAAUGAUAUAUGAUGACUCUAAUAAAAAAUGGAUUCCAAGUGGAACAUCCCAAGGUCUGUCCAAGGUUCAGAUCUACCAACACACAGGCAACAACACUUUCAGGGUUGUAGGAAGAAAAAUUACUGAUCAUGAGGUGGUGAUCAAUUGUGCUAUAAUCAAAGGACUCAAAUACAACCAGGCCACUCCUACAUUCCACCAAUGGAGAGACAGUCGGCAGGUCUAUGGACUCAACUUUGCCUCACGUGAAGAUGCAGAGAAUUUUUCUCAAGCUAUGUUGACUGCACUAGAGACUUUAAACUCUCAGUUUCGUCCAGGACCACCCCACCAGCCUCCCCAGCCCCCAGGAAACAUUUAUGCCCAGGCCAUUAAUUCAGUGAAUGGCCCCAUUGAACAAGAUGACAGAGCUCACAGAGAGGAAGUCACAACACACAAACGUCAGAUGUCUGGUGGUGGAGGUAUGAGAGAUUCAUACCCAAUCACUCAGGAACCAGUGCCACAAGCCCCGCCACAGCCACCACCAACAUCAGCACCUCCAGCUCCUCCUGCACCACCUUCAGCUCCCCCAGCUCCUCCAGCACCCCCUGCACCACCUGCACCCUCUGGGGUACCACCUCCACCCGCUGGUGGGCCUCCACCUCCACCUGCUGGUGGGCCUCCCCCACCUCCACCUAUGCCCUCAGGUGGUCUUCAACAAAUAAGUGGAGGGGGUGGAGCAGGUGUGAAUCAGGGAGGUUUUGCAGCUGCCUUACAAGGAGCCAAAUUAAGAAAAACACAGAAGCCUGAAGAGAAAGAACCUGUUCCUGCUGUAGCAGACAGAGUUAGUGGCACCAACACAACAGGUCGAAGUGGAAGCAGUACAGGAGUAACAGCUGCCACCAGUGGAGGUGGGAGUAGUGGGGGUGGACACAUUGACAUGAUGUCUGAAAUGCAACUGAAGCUCAAAGCCAGAAAGGCAAAGUCUGACCAGGGUGAUGCAGACACUCCUCCUCCUGCCUUUCCCAUUCCUAGCUCCUCUCCAGAAGUACGUCGUCCUUGGGAGAGCAAUAAUCGAAAUGGAACUGGCCCACGACAAGGUCAAACCAAUGGUUCAGAAUCACCAAAGCCUGUUAGAAAGAGAAUUCCUUCUCCAAGUGGCCAGGACACCCCAAGUCUAGCCAAUGAUAGUGCUACCCCAUUGAGUGGAGAAAUGGAAACACUGAAACAGGAGUUGUUGGCAGAAAUGAGAAAAGAAAUAAAUAAAAUGAAAAAUGACAUAAUAGAAGCUAUACGACUUGAACUAGGACAGAGAUAACAUGGAAGCAUGAUCUGCUAACAACGAGUUUCUUUUUGUUGCCAACUCUGCAUCAACAGAGAUAAUCAAACAGCCUUGUUUGCACACCUAUUCAAUGUUGUAACAUGGCAAUUCAUUGGGACUGGGGUUUUGCCUGUUUUUUUUUAAUUUUUUAUUGUCACUUUAGAAAAUUCAAUGAAAAACUAAAAGGUCGACUUAUUGGACAACUUGAACUUAGUGAAGCUUUAGUGAUAAUGUGCUGAACUAGUUGACACUUGAACUUUUUGUUCAAUGAGGUCAGAUGGGAAGAAACAGAAUAUCAUUGGUUCAUGUUGGCUAUAGCCCUUCUCAAGUAACUCUAUGCUAUUUAGAUUACAUUCAUAUUAAUGGUCAACUUAAUAUUAUUUAAUACUUUAUUGGUUUAGAUUUAGGCUAGAAAUAAAUUAUUUUACGCUCAAAACUCAAUAGAGAUGUAGAGGUAACAAUAGAUUAUGAUUUUUUGUUUGUCCACAUGUUUUCUUGUUAUACCAAGCAAAGACCAUGUAUAAAGAGAAACCAGAAGAAAAAUGAUUCUUUGGCUUGUAACAAUGUUUUUGUAUUGAGACUUGCACCAUCAGCCAACCAACCAAUUCUUACGUUACCUUCCACAAUAGAUUCAACUUUUAUUUUCAUGAAAUUUUUGACAUCAUCUGCUUUUAAUAGGAUAUUUUUACAUAGCCAAUCAAAGCUUGCCAUCUGUCAUUGAAAUAUUAAGUUAACAUCCACUCCCCACCCAACAUACUUUUUUAAUUAUGGAUAAAAUUCUUAGGAGGAAUUAAUAACAUUUUGUUUUAACAAUAUAUUGCCAACUUGAAUACUGGGAAAAAUGUAGAAUUGUUAACAUGAAAUCUUUAUAUGAUGAUGUUUGAUCAAGUUUUACAAAUUGUCAACAUUUUUUUUGUACAAGUUUUUUUUUUUUUUUUUUUUUUUUUUUUUUUUUUUUUUUGUAAAACAUUUUUUUUAGAGAUUGUAUCUCUCUUUAUAUUUUCAUUCUACAAAAACUCCAGAAGUCAUUUUAUAAUUUUAGAGUACAUUUUUUAAAUUUAAACAUUUCUGUAUAUUUCUUGUUGAUGUUAUGGUACAUUCAAUCAAAAUCAAUCAUUGGACACAUAGGUCAGUGCAUUUUACAUAUUUCCCUUGCCAAAUGGAAAUUUCUAUUGUUUUGAAUCUCUAACAUAGAAGAAUGGAAUAAUUAGAUAAAGCCAUCAUUGUUUUUGACUAAUCAUCAAUUCUUUGCAUAAUAAUAAAUUUAAUCCUAAACAUCCCUUACAGUGCAAACUCUGGUAUUACCCAGUGAAGUUUGAAAUGCUAUGUGUUAAACAUGCAGUUCUCACAUACUUGUGUAACAAUGACCUACCUAUAAUCUUCCUUGGUUUUAAUCAUGAAUGAAAUCUUUCUGAAAACUUCCAAAACAGUAUUUCAAACCUUUUCAUUCACUUUGCCUGACCCGAAUGCACAGCUUGUGGUGAUUCAUUAGAGUCCUCACAUCAUAUAGAUUUUGCUCAACUUCCUGACUUCAAAAGGAAACAAGUAUUGAUCAAGGACUUUGACUACCAUGCUAAGUAUUUGGGUUAUAAAAUAUCUUACUAUGUAAUGUUACAAUUUAUUUCUUUUUUUUUUUUUUGUUUCUGAGAUUUUUUGUGUGAAAGUAAGUGAACAAAUGCUGUUCAAUGACUUGAAUUGCACAGAUGAAACCAACUCCUGUUGCUAAAUGGUCUAGAUUGAAUUGAAUCUUUGCUGUACUGGUAUACAUGUAAGAAUGAUUAUAAUUUUUGUGGUUUGUUUAUUCUGAAUCAAAAAGGCAUUAUGAAGACUUUUUUUUUUAAAGUGUCCCUUUCAUAAAUGAAUCUAUUCAUUUCUUCUCUUUGUUUCCUGGUUAUCACUAGAUAAAGAUUUCAGUUUUUAAGUUUUUCCCUUUUGAGACUUAAAUUCAGUUAAGUGAAGUGGCUCUCACAUCUUGAAAGUUUGGACUUCUAACAUGAUAUUUUGUUCUAAAUGAUCAAUAUGCUAAUUAUAAACUAAAAAUUUUUAAUGAUUAAUUCAAGGUACCGUAUCUGAAAAACAAUACAGCCACUGAGAUUUUUAAAAAAAUUAAAAUAAGGCUCUUGGCAUCCUUUAAAUUUAAUUUCUCAUCAUUCUGGGUUUUAUUUCAACCUAUCAGUUUGAUUUUUAGUUUCUGGGUCCAAAUUGUUUCAUGUACAAUGAGACAUUUGUUUUUGUUUAAAUGAAUCUAUCCACCAAGUGCACUAUGUACAGCACUGAAAUAAUUAAGGUCUUAGUACAUUUUAAAUUUACUUUGUCAAAUGUCUUGAGCUGUCUUAGUUUUCAUUAUUUGUCUUGUUGAGGUUAUAAUUGAAAUAGUCUAAGGACAGAUUCCCAAAGAUCUUAUUGUAAAGUCAGUCUGUACAAAAUCCCUAAAUGGUGAAUCAUUUUUAAAAUAGCUCCAUUAAAUAUUUUCUAAUUUGAAUCUUUUUUCUUUUUUCCAUUAACCCUCAAUUUGAUCAAAAACAAAAUAAUACAAGAUGAUUGUAAACUGUUUAACAUAGGGUAUAUACUGCACCAAUCUAAAUUGUGGCAAAAAGCCAUACUUAUAUUGAAAAUCAAGAGCUGAGGUAUUAUGGUUUGAAAGAGUAGACUACACUGGAAUAACACAGCUGUAUGCUUUUAGGAACAGUUCAAUAAUGAAAAGAUCUGUUUCAUUGGUAAGAUACAAUAUAUAAACAAUAGUUUUUAACAAGCAAUACUAUGGAUGGAGAUUUUUUCAAUUGAGUACAUCUGUGGUUUUCUAGUGUAGUCUUAAUUGGAAUAUGUACAUGACAUGUUGGUUUUGACAUUUGUACUGUAUACAGUAUGUGGUUUCAAGUUUGAUAUUUGUACUGUAUACGGUAUGUGGUUUCAAGUUUGACAUUUGUACUGUAUACAGUAUGUGGUUUCAAGUUUGACAUUUGUACUGUAUACAGUAUGUGGUUUCAAGUUUGACAUUUGUACUGUAUACAGUAUGUGGUUUCAAGUUUGACAUUUGUUGAAACUCAAAGAAAAGAAUGGAACUUGUAGUGAAUGUAAAUAGUGUACUUACACCUGUGCAGAUUCUUGUGAUGACUAUUCUAUGAGUGUUGUAUUUUAUACAUACUUUUUUUUUUGCUUGUUUUCUGUUGCUUAUAUUUGUUUUGUUUUUUUACUACAUUGCGCUAUGACACUAUUUAAUACAGUAAUACUUUUCAGGCAAUUGCUAACAUUUUCUGUUUAUUCUAAUGAAUGAUAAUGAGCUACGUAACAAAUAAAUGGUUCAAUCAACAAA